GUAAGAGGAAGUAACAUGUCAACCACUUAGAUCAUCCGUCCAAUUUUCCGGUACUCCGUGUCCUGUCUCUCUCAAAAUUUCAGAGUGUCCUCGAAGAUCGUCGCGUGCCGCGUCUCGCGCGUGACCGAGCGCCGAAUUCGGCGUCGAUUUGCGAACCGACCCGGCCGGCUUCCGAAAUAGGCAUUGUCGGGGGCGGCGAGAUCGCAAUCGCUUAGCAAUUAGCAAUACCAGACCGGGGCGAUUCAUCAAGCCGCCACCUGCCGCGCGCCUCGCUCCACGAGAGAUGCAACCGUGAUUAAUGUAACGUGACUGCCAUUCGCUCGCACUUUCCGCUGAAAGCCACGAAGCGAUGAAGAAUCCAUGAACAUCAGUGAGACGCAUUCGAGCGGGAAAGUUUCGCGGUUCUCAGCUGCGCUACAUGAACGCCAACGAUGAAUCCUGUUCAAAUGUGGAAAGCCCAUGUCAGGACAAGAAGGACAAGGGGGAAAGUGUCGAGAACGAGACUGAAAAUGCCGAAACAGAGGUGGUGACGAACACCAUCGACGUAACGAAUCGCGAUGACAAGCCCCUCGAAGAGGAGCCAGACUGCCCGGAAAAUAGAACCGAACCCGAAGAACUGCCACCGACCCUUCACGAACGCUUUUUACGCGUCAAGCAAAUCGUGAAGGACGCUAUAGCUGCCCAUCAUACUUUCAUGAUCUACGGGAAAUCGCGAGUCAUUCGUGACUGCAUGCUAAAGAGAGGCUGGUGCGAGAAAUUUUACCGUAGAAACAGCGCUGCCGAUCAACAUUUCAACGUCGACGCGAGUCCCGUGAUAUUACUGGCCGGUAUCGGCGACUUAAAGGAUCAGCAGAACGAACGUCAGUUGAUAUCGAGGAUGCUCACUAAUCACACCGUUGAUUUUCUGUGGAACACGGGCUCCGACUGGCCCGGCUGGCCCGCGCAAGAUAACAAAAUCACUGUGUUCAAUCGAUACUGUCGAGCAGGCUUUACGUCUAAGGUGGGUUUGUGCUCGAGCGUCAGACAAAUGCACUGGUAUUACGAAGCUGGAGUGGCCAAUACUCUGUUUCCACGCUGCUACAACAUAUGCCAAGACGAUCAGAUGCACGCCUUUAUCGAGGACUUUCGACUUACGGGGUGUCUGAGUCUCUUGAAGUGGUUAGUGACGAAGGUCAACGCCGAAGACGAAAAUGCCGUGCACUCGCCGACCGGGACGAUACCCUUGAAGGCGCUCGACUUCGCGAUCAAGAGAUGCAACGACUAUAUCAGCGCUCAGUCACAUGAGGAUAUCGAUCAGGAGACCGAGCGUAUCUGGUCUCACCAGUGGGACCAAUUUGUUGGCUGGUAUUAUCAGAUCGUUCACGGACAAGCUCUCUUCGUUCGCGCCAGUGUACCUUUUAACAAAUACGUGCUGGCCUCGAAGCAUAUACUAAGAAAGAUGAAGAGGCAUUGGCCGCAGAUCGACAUGGACGGCACAAUGAACGUAUGGAUCCUUAAGCCUGGCAACAAGAGUCGGGGACGCGGUAUUGUGCUGAUGAACAAGCUGGAGGACGUGGUGGCGAAGAUCAAUCCAACGGGGAAGUCGGACGCGCGAUACGUCGUGCAGAAGUAUAUCGAACGGCCGUUGCUGAUUCAUAGCACCAAGUUCGACAUCAGGCAAUGGUUCAUCGUCACAUGCGCGCAACCUUUGACCCUCUGGAUAUAUAGGGAGAGCUACCUGCGUUUCUGCUCGCAAAAAUUCAGCCUGGACGAUUUCCAUGAGUCGAUCCAUCUGUGCAAUCACGCGAUCCAAUGCAAAUACAAUAACUGCGGCGACAGGGACCCCGCCCUGCCCACGGACAAUAUGUGGGACGUCACGACAUUCAAAGAAUUCCUCAAAUCUCAAGGUCACGAAGAAGUAUGGGACGAGCUGAUCUAUCCUGGAAUGAAGCAAGGUCUGGUGGGCUCAUUGUUGGCUAGUCAGGAAGCCAUGGACAGACGGAAGAAUAGUUUCGAGCUGUACGGCGCCGACUUUAUGGUCAUGGAGGACUUCUCAGUGUGGUUAAUCGAGAUCAACAGUCAUCCGGACAUGAGUUACUCCACCAGCGUCACCACACGACUAUGUCGACAAGUAAUGGAGGACACCAUCAAAGUCGUGGUAGACUUUCGGGAGGAUAAGAACGCGGACACGGGACACUUCGAGUUGGCUUACAAGCAACGAAUGCCGAGCUGCCACCCGUACCUUGGCGCAGCCUUGUCACUUCAAGGUACUCGCAUUACCACAUGCGAGAAGAAAUCUAACAACAAUCUGGAUGCCAAAGUCAGUCUGAUCGCAAAGUCCCCGUUGACGAAAAAAAAAUCGUUGGUGCACUGCAGCAUCGGGCCGGUGAUCGUCGAUUUGAUAGAAGAACUGGAGAUCCAGCUCGAUCAAGAAUUGUAUUCUUAUUACAACUUGGAUUCGCCCAAGCUGAGACCGGCGAUUCCGGCGACCGCGCCAGCGAAGCCCUCGAAGACGUCGAUUUUUGAUGAAAAAGUCGAGACCGUCACGAGAAGCACCUCGGUUAGCACGUCUGUCAGUAAAAUGAAGUCACCUACUAACGUCCAGAGCAAUCUGAUAAAAGUCAACUCGAGCAACGGGAAAAGCUCGUCGCAUAAGCCUACGCGAAAGUUGCGCACAUUUACGGGAACGGUAAACGGCAAAGUAGAGACGACUCCGAUGAGGCAGACGUUGAUCUCGAAGAUCAUGGCGCUUCAGCAACAAUCGACGAGCAUGGCGCCCAAAUCUGAGAAACCGACGAGGAAAACCGAGGAGAAGAUCGUCAAGACCGCGAUGCGCGAUGCCAUGAAGAAGUACAAGAGAAACGUGACGAUCCCAGCGAAAGUACAGGCGCAGCCGUCCCUAUUCGUGCCGAAAACUAAACUCACAUCCACGUCGACGAGCGAGAGCAAGACUCGUAGCUUCCCGAAGAAGCAGACGCACCGUAAGAAGAGCAAAAUUCUAACGGACAUCACUGACAUGUACGCCGUCGGUUUGAGCCUGACCAAGUAG